UCAAUUCUUUCUAAUGUUUAAUUCGACGACAAAAAGUGUCAUUUCCAAUUCUCCAGAAAUUUUGUCUCAAUUUUUCCAUUCUCUUCCUUAUCGCUUUUCAAGGUCUCUUCUUUUUCGUCGCAUUGGAAAUUUUACGAUCCUCCGUCCAUGUAAGAAUAGUAAACGAAAUAAAAUCGUUCGCACGGUUCUCGGCCUCUGUCUCCGAUUUUAGAUCGAAGAGAGAGCCGUGAACUUUUUCGAUAAGUAAUGCACACGGUUCCAUGCUCAAAGGAAGACCUGUACUUUUUCAAUGUUAAUACCGUCGUAAAUCUCGUUGGGGAUACUCGGUUGAUAAAUAAUCCGGCGGCCCGAACGCAUGCGCCUUGGCCAUCGAUUAUUUUGAUUGGUGCCAGAUAUUACCAGGCUCCAGUUCGUGGCAGUUUGCCACAAAGGAAAACGAAUCUCGAAUUCCCCGUAACCUCGAGCGCUCGGAUAAACGAUAACAAACGAUAUACACCGUCAAAAUUUUCGAAGAGUGAAAGAUGUAUCUUGGAUAAAAUUACGGGAAAAAUUGCGAGGAAGUGACAAUAUCGAAAACGGAAUUUCACGUCGAUGGAAAUUUCGAAUUGAAAAUUCAUGAGUUUCCUUUAAAUUAUAUCCAGCAAAUAUCAUCCAAUUUUUUGGUAAAAAUUAUUCAUCCGAUCAUUCAUCGUGGAUAAGCUCGAUCCUUAAGAAAAAUCAUGAGUACCACGAAACCGACCAGCUGCAAAGAGGCGAUUCGAAUGUGGGAGGAAGAGAAUAAACAAGAUGCUUCGACCGCGAAGGAAAUGAUCCUCAGCUUUCGAUGGCCUCCCAUAGAAAAAAUGGACAAUUCUCUGGCGGUUUUGGUCAAUUGUGAAAAGCUCUCCCUCUCGACGAAUAUGAUCGAAAAGAUUGCGGGAAUCGGAACGUUGAAGAAUCUGAAGAUCCUCGCGUUAGGCCGUAACCUGAUCAAAUCGUUUGCCGGAUUGGAGCCACUGGGCGACACUCUGGAGGAACUUUGGAUUUCGUACAACCUGAUCGAGAAAAUGAAGGGAAUCAACGCGAUGAAAAAUUUGCGCGUCCUCUACAUGUCGAAUAACCUGGUCAAAGAUUGGCACGAGUUCAAUAGACUUCAGGAGCUCACGAAUCUUCGUGAUUUACUUUUCGUCGGAAAUCCGUUGUACGAGAAUCUCGAGGUUGAAAUCUGGAAAUCGGAAGUAGCUAAACGUUUGCCAAUGUUAGAAAAAUUAGACGGUGAAUUGAUCAUACGAACGGAGGAAAACGAGACUUUGUUGCAACUUGACAGUCCUGUGCAAAUAUGAAGACUUGAAUAGAUUGUUUGUAAUCUUUUUUUUUGAUACUAUAUUUAUAUAUUUUACUGUAAUUUAUUUGAUAAGCUAUUUAUUUAUUUAUUUCUCGUCUGUUUAUUUUUUCUAUUAUUUUUAUUUUUACUUUGAUUUUAAUUUUGUAUGCAAUUGUAUAAAAUUGUAAAAUAAAUGUAUUUUUAUAAAAUCAA